GUCCUACUGGAGACUUGCGCGGGAGUGUGAGCAAGAACCCUGGGCCGGCAAUCACAGUCCCAGGGCUGUCCCGCUCCUGAGCUGAGGUGGACACAGGGUGCUGCCCACGGGGUCGGUAGGGCGCAGGCGCCGGGCUGGCAGAGCGCAAGGGCAGAAUGGAGGGGCUGGUCUUGCUCAAGGCCCUGGUCACCCGGCUGCUGUUCCUGUUGCAUUCCCUAGUCGCCGUCUGGAGAGUGACCUGGGUAAAGGAAGAGCACCGUUACUGGCUGCUCGCCCUGCUCAACCUCUUGCUGGUCCUGGAGACUGUGCUCACCCUCAAGUUCAAGCGCGGCCGAGGCUACAAAUGGCUUUCUCCGGCCAUCUUUGUGUACCUGGUCAACAUCAUGCCAUCCCUGUGGCUCCUUGAAAUGCACCAUGGAAACCAGUAUUGCAGCUCCCAGUCUGAGAGAACGGCACAGAACUUCAGCAGAAGAGGAGAUGUCAAUCAAACCCUGUCAUCCCACAGAGCCGCCAACGGAAUGGGGAAUAUCCUUGAACUGGCCAGGGGCUUUGUCGACAACUUAUCCAUGGUAUGUGAACCGGUCUGGACCUUAGGACUCCACCAAACACUUCUGCUAAUAUUAAUCAUUGGACGGUGGCUUCUCCCCAUUGGGGGCACCAUCACUAGAGACCAACUCUCAGAACUUCUUCUGAUGUUUGUGGGGACGGCGGCCGACAUACUGGAGUUCACUACUGAGACUCUGAAGGAAAAUAAUGUCAGAACUAACCCUGCUCUGGUCUCUGGCAUUCUUGUGGUGUGGACGUGGAGCAUGCUGCAGUUCCCCCUUGAUCUGGCAGUCCAGUUGAAAUUGGUAUGCCCCACCCCAGUGAAAGCCAGGGGCUUCCUUAGGGUUUUCCUGUGCCAGUACAGUGCGGAUCUAUGGGCCAUUGGCCUCAGCUUCUUCAUCCAAGAUGGUCCCUUCCUUGUUGUGCGCCUCGUCCUGAUGAUCUACUUUAAAGUGAUCAACCACAUGUUGGUGUUCUUUGCUGUGAAGAAUUCCCUAGUGAUGGCCCUGCAUUUCUACCGACUUGUGGCUUUGAUUAUGGCCACGCGGGACUUCAUGCGAGAACAUCCAGAAAGCCCCAAACCGGAACACAGUGGCCCAGAGCAGCCAUCUGAGAGUGGUCCCAGUGAAUGGGAGGAUGCCUCCCCGGAGGCUCUGCCUUUGCGAACCUCACCUGUCACCUCCGAGGAGUCUUACCCGACGACACCUUAGUUAUUGUUUCCAACAUGAAGCCAUGAGGCUUGACGCCUUCUCUUCUUACCCUCGCCCCCAUGUUUGCAUAUACCACUUUUAAAUGAAACAAUACGAAAAGAUGAUCUUGUAUCAAAGCCAAGGUACUGCUUUGUUUUUCAUCUGAGUGGAAGGAACUUUGACGACGAGUGGUUGUCUCCACAACCUCCUGCUUUGGUAGCGGACAUUACACUGCUCCGAGAACCAUUCUAAGUGAUUGGUUCUUAUGGAACUGCUUCAAAGGCUGUAGACAGAACGUCCUAGCACACCCUCCAAAGAUUUGAGGCUGACAUUUACCACCAUGUUCCCUAUCUCUUGCUCUGCCUGGGUGCCUAGUACUACAGCUUUUGACUGGCUAGACUACGUCACUCUCUCAUCUGAGGUUUUCUGCAAUGUCCCUCUGACAUUAAAACAAAAUAAGUAUAUUCAGUGAACACUGAACAAAGGAGAGGAAAACGCUUUUAAAGUCAACUUGAUGGAAGUUGGGAGUUAGUAUUGCCCUGCUUCCUCGGUGCAGAAAAAUAGCUGUGGUAGCUGCACAGGCCUUUACAGGAAUCCCAUUUUCUUAGACCAAGGUGACAGUCCACGUGUUCUUAGAGCAUCGUGAUAACUUUGGGCUUGGGUAGCAUAAAGUUUACAGCAAGCCACUUGGGUUCUAGCAACUUCAUAGCUAGGAGAUAUCAGUGAGACGUACUUUCUACCUAAUACAAUUUACAGAACUGUUGGCAUUUGAAUACCUGAUUACCUUUUUCUACAUUGUCAAGGUGCACCAUGGGAUCAGUUUCAAAGAGCACUAGCAUGCAGUGAUGAAGGAAUUUGAGGCCCCUUAGCGUUACCAUGGUUUCUGGUGGUUGCAGCAGCCUCUGCAGGAGCAGCAACAGCAACAGAGAUCUGCACGGGUCCUGGGAAAUGCCACCAGCAGCCCCAGCUUGGUUUCAGGAACAAGUUGGUGGCAGUUGGUGCCAGUCUCAUGCCUCCUGGGAAUCAUGGUGACUUCAUUUCCCACGAAUGAAAUAGUUUGUCUCUUCCACAGCUAUGUACAUUCUUGAUGGAAAUGACUUCAAACUUUUGAAAAUGGCUCUUGCUUUUAAAUACAUGGUAAAAACGUGGCUUGGCAAUUUUCGGAACAGCUCUAAAACUGUAGUGUUAGAGCUGAAAGCAUCAGUCAAGCUGUUCUAGAAUCCCCAGGAACCCAAAGACGUUUAUUCAGGAAACUUCCUGAAUUGGAGGCAACCAUUAGACAAUCAGUUGGGACAAUUAUUAUUUUUUAAAUCUAUGAAUUUCUGGUAUGGAAUGGUAUUUAUCCACCGUGUUUGAUAAGUUUUAUAGGCAAAUUCUAUUUUAUACAAAGCCACAACUAUUUUUCUAGUAUUUUCUCCUUCUUUUAUCCCUUGGGCUUUUUGUUUUUUAACAAUGUCAUGGUUGUAAAUGGUUCAGGAAAUGAAUGGAAUGCAUUGGUAAUUUUUCAUAAGUGUAUUCGAGUUAAAGUCAAUUUUUAAAGGUGUGAUAUUCAAAGUUCUUAUCAAUGAAAUUCGGGGACACGGCUGAGAGCAUGGAUGGCUCUUGCAGAGGAUCAGAAUUUAUACCAAAAUCUACUCAGUAGGUCUUACAUCCACUUAUAACUCCAGCUUUUGAGGGGUCUACUUCUAACCUCUGUGAGAACUGACUGUAUUCGUGUGUACACACACACACACACACACAGAUUUAUUAAAAAUAAUAAAAAUCUUUUAUAAUAAAGUCAGCAAUGAAAAGCAAAACAAAAAAAUCAAUACUAUUUCUCAAACUGCCCCAGCCUCCACUAACUGUUCUGGAUGCUUUGUGCUGAAUACAUGACAUAUAUGUGUCCCAAUGACAUAUAUGUGCCCCAUAA